UUGUUUUUCAAAAAAAAUUUAAAAAUAUAUUCAGAAAAAUAAGUAAAUAUUUUUUACAAGUUAGUGAUCUUUUUAAACUUUUUAAAUGUGAAAUAAAAUUUGGGCCCAAUGCUCUUUUAAUAAAGAACUAUAUUAAUAAGUGUAAAGGCCCACUUAUCUUUUAAUAAACUUAGCCCAAAUUAGUUAACCUAAAAUAACUAAUAGAGAGUCAGAGAGUAGGAGGGUUUAGAGGAGCCGCUGGACUGAACUGGAGUCGCUGGAUAUCUCGGCAGUCGCGAGAAUCAGCGUCGGCAAUAUUAAUGCUAGAGAAAUUUUGUGGCUCAGGCUAUAUGUUAGUAGCUCCUUGUAUAUCUGUAGUCUGUAGACUGUACUUGUGUAUUUGUGGUGCUAAGGUUACCUCAAUAGUUUAUGGAUCUUCUACUUUAUUCUUAUUUCCUGCAUAUUUAGGAAUCUGAACUUAAAAUUAUUGAUUGUACAAUGCAGAGUGUUGGGCUCUUUUCAAACAGGAAAAAGCAGAAGCUGCUAAAGACGCUAGGAAACGAGAAGACAAUUCUAGUAUGUUUUAAAUCUUGAUUUUUUCUGUUUGGUUUUGUAGAGAUGGCAAAAUGGAUGGUUGGUUGGUUUGGUAAUGGGUCAACUUGCAUCAAAAUAGGGUAUUCUAUUCGGUGAGUAGAAAUCGGGUUGGGUUGUUGAUAAAGGUGGGUUAUUGAUGGCUAGUCUUGUAAAUGCUUUAGAUUUUUGUUGUAGGCAAACACUCCCAAGAAUACGAAGAGAUACGAGACCAAAUUGAGGAUAAAUUUUCUGGUUUAAUUCCCCACUUCAAAACAUGAUAAGCAUGCAUAUAAAUGAGAAGUAAACAAGGAAAGGAGAAAGCGUACUAACCCAACUACUUAGGAAAUAACCAAUAAAAUAGAAUCCAAUAAGAAUGUUCAAAAUAACUAAUACUUUUAACAAAAGGUAUAUUGUUACAAUGUUUAUACUUCUUGAAUAUCAAGAUUUAGAUUUUACUGUUACCCAUACUAUGAUGAUUAUGGAGCUCUUUCAUACACAUGCUUAAUGCUUUUGUGUUUGCAGCCAAGGACCAAAAGACAGCAGAGUCAAGUAAAUGAGACCUGCAUAUUGUGGGAGAUGGAUCUGUGUGAAGCAACUUUACAUAAGCAUUCAUGGGUUCAGUGGUUUGUUGGUAACUUUGGUUGCUUGCACUUGUUGUUUGACUUGUUUCUCAAAUCAGAUUUCAUUGUUUGGUCUGUUGUGAACUUUGGUUGCAUACACUUGUUUGAGUUGUUGCACAAAUUGGACUUCAUUAUGUUGGAAUUCACUUUUGGUUUUGAGACUUGGUCAAUAUUUUCACCCUUCUAGGGUUCUCCAUUUGAGUUGUUGAAUGUCUGCCAUUUGAUUGCACGCCCAUUUUCAUCAGUUGGUAUAAAAGUCUAGGUUGUUUCAAAUGCAUGAUUGUCACGGCCACAUGUGGAGUCAAGUCCGUAAAGAAGAGACUAGUGGACUAGUCGGCCUACUAGAAUAGUCGACAAAUCAUAAUAAGAAAUGAAAUAUUUAAAACUAAAUAAAUCACCAUUGACCAAAGAUAACUAUUUAUAUAUUUAUAAUAUAAAAUAUCAUUACCAUAACAAAAUUACAUGUAAAGG